CUCAUUGCUCUUCAUCCUCUGCUGCUUGGGAAACUGAAAUAGAUUGGAAACGAAAGAGAGAGAGACUGUUGUUUUCAGGUUGGAAACUGUUUCUGUAAGCUUUACCUUCAAACUUGUAAGCAAGAGAAGAUAAUACAUAGAAACAUGGGAGAACAACCAGAUCCAUUUACCACUUCCACUCUACCUGAUUUCAUAUCAUCCCAAAAGAUCGGUAGACCGGUUACUCUUGAAGGACAGAGCAACCGUGGGCAUCCUUACUCUGGCCUCAAGAAGAGAGGGCAGUCUAGUCGUUCAUGGGUCAAGAUUGAUGAGAAUGGGAACUCGACGGUUCUAGAGCUCGACAAGGCAACUAUAAUGAAGCGUUGUUCCUUGCCGUCAAGGGAUUUGAGGCUACUUGACCCUUUGUUUAUUUACCCUUCGAGUAUCUUGGGGCGUGAGAGAGCGAUAGUGGUGAGUCUUGAGAAGAUCAGAUGUAUAAUCACAGCCGAGGAGGUUAUUCUCAUGAAUGCUAGGGAUGCGUCUGUUGCUCAGUACCAGUCUGAACUCUGUAAACGCCUCCAGUCUAACCAAAACUUGAAUCUCAAAGAUGAUUUGCCGUUUGAAUUUAAAGCGUUGGAGCUGGUUUUGGAACUAUCUUGCUUGUCUUUAGAUGCACAGGUGAAUGAGUUAGAGAUGGAAGUGUAUCCUGUUCUUGAUGAACUAGCCUCAAACAUCAGCACACUUAAUCUAGAACAUGUACGGAGAUUAAAAGGUCGCCUCCUUGCCUUAACACAGAAAGUUCAGAAGGUUUGUGAUGAAAUAGAACAUUUAAUGGAUGAUGAUGACGACAUGGCUGAGAUGUAUUUGACUGAGAAGAAAGAAAGAUCAGAGGCUCAUGCUUCAGUGGAGUUAGAAGACAACCUCCAUGAGGACUUUGAAUCUUCUGGAAUAGUUUCCAAGUCUGCGCCGGUUUCACCUGUUGGUUCACUUAGUGGAAACCUUGGGAAGCUUCAAAGAGCAUUCAGCAGCGUUGUUGGCUCACAUAGAAGCUUGUUAAGCUCCUCUAGCAGUGGAGAGAACAUUGACCAGCUAGAGAUGUUGCUAGAAGCCUACUUCGUUGUUGUUGAUAACACACUCAGCAAAUUAUCAUCGCUGAAAGAGUAUAUUGAUGAUACAGAGGAUCUGAUCAACAUUAAGCUGGGGAAUGUACAGAAUCAGUUGAUUCAGUUUCAACUGCUUCUCACCGCAGCAACCUUUGUGGCAGCCAUUUUUGCAGCUGUAACCGCGGUUUUCGGGAUGAAUCUGCAAGACUCUGUUUUCAAGGAUCCGACCAUGUUCCAAUGGGUUUUACUUGUUACAGGUAUUGGAUGUGGACUUUUGUAUUUUGGUUUCGUGUUAUACUUCAAGCACAAGAAAGUGUUCCCUCUCUAAAACUUUUUUUUCUUAUGUUAGUGAGAUCCUUGAGUUACUCUUGUAGCCUUUGUGAAAAUGAACAGCUAAUAAUUUUCAGUGUCAAACUCAGUUUAGG